AUGGAAGAGAGCGAGCUUCCGUUGUCGAAGCUUGUGGAUGAGAUUUAUGGGAGGGUGAAUAGUGAGGUGGCAAAUUGGGGAGUUAUGUUGGCAGAAGAGGAUGAUGUAUUGGCAAUGUAUUGUGUUUUGGGUGAUGUUGUAGCUGCACGGUACGUGUUUGAUGAAAUUCCUAGCUUAAGUGCAUUUUCUUGGAGUGUGAUGAUUUCUGGAUAUGCAAAAGUGGGUGAUGUUGAUUCAGCUAGGUUGUUCUUUGAUGAAGCACCUGAGAAAGAUAAAGGUAUAUGGGGUGCUAUGAUUUCUGGUUAUGUACAAAACAGUUGCUUUAAAGAAAGUCUUUAUUUGUUUCGAUUGAUGCAGCUUACGAAUAUAGUACCUGAUGAAUCUAUAUUUGUGAGCAUUCUUUCUGCCUGUGCUCAUCUUGGAGCUUCAGAUAUUGAUUAUUCAAAUCAAUGCAAGAGAGAGAGAGACAUUGUAUGUUGGAAUGCUAUGAUUUCUAGUUUGGCAAUGCAUGGAGAUGGGAAAGGUGCACUCCAGCUGUUUUAUGAUAUGGAAAAAGUUGGGAUGAAACCUGAUGAUAUAACAUUUAUUGCUGUUUUUACUGCUUGUAGUUACUCAGGAAUGGCACAUGGAGGUUUAAAGUUGUUGGAUAGAAUGCUAAGUGUUCACAACAUUGAGCCAAAAAGUGAACAUUAUGGCUGUUUAGUUGAUUUACUUAGUAGAGCAGGGCUUUUUGAAGAAGCAAUGGUUAUAAUAAGAAAAAUUACCAAAUCUUUGAAUGGCUCUGAAGUGACAUUGGCUUGGAGAGCAUUCCUGAGUGCAUGUUGUAACCAUGGAGAAACUCAACUAGCUGAACUUGCUGCUGAAAUUGCGGUUAAAUUUUUUUCCCAAGCUCCCUAA